UGCCUCACUCCCAGGAAGACGCCAGGCCCAGGAUAAAAGGGCUCCUCAGCUCUGGGUUCCCCAGUCCUCAGCCAGCAACGGCUUCUGCUGCUUCCACUGACUAGGUUUCCUGACUUCCUCUUGAAAAAUGUCCUGCCAGCAGAACCAGCAGAAGUGCCAGCCCCCUCCCAAGUGUACCCCCAAGUGCCCUCCCAAGUGCCCCACCCCCAAAUGUCCCCCCAAAUGCCCUCCUAAGUGCCCCCCAGUCUCUUCUUGCUGCAGCCUAGGUUCUGGCAGCAGCUGUGGCUCCAGCUCUGGCGGCUGCUGCAGCUCUGGGGGUGGCGGCUGCUGCCUGAGCCACCACAGGCCCCGCCGAUCUCUUCGACACAGACACCGACACCAGAGCUCUGGCUGCUGCAGCAGUGGCGGCGGUGGUGGCUGCUGCAGCAGUGGCGGCGGCGGUGGUUGUUGCAGCAGUGGUGGCGGCAGUGGCUGCUGCAGCAGUGGCGGUGGCGGUGGCUGCGGCAGCAGUGGUGGAAGCAGUGGCCAGCAGUCUGGGGGCUCCAGUGGCUGCUGCUGACCUGAGCCACAAGAACCUGAGAGAAGCAGUCCUGGAGAAGCCAAUGUGCAGAAAACCUGUUCCUCCCUGCUCACCCUCCCUUCUUUUUCUGUCCUCCUUGUUCUAGGCUCUGAGAGGCUGAGCUGUUCCUUUGGAAGGUUGUGAAUUUACUUCCAAAUGGUCAGGCUCCACCUCUUCUUCUGUAAUUCCAAACAAUAAAGUCUUCCCUGCUGAGCCUCA